GCUGGAGGGGUGAAAGAAGAGAAGAAAAAGAGACCUAAAAUGGGUGCUCGGAAAAUUACAAGCGUCUGCAGGGAUGAUGAAAUUGAGAGACGAGCGGCUGAGCGCUGUGGGAGAGUUCAGCGAAGCCCUAGAGGCAUUCGUAGGAGGAGGGACAGAGAGAGAGAGAGAGAGAGAGAGAGAAAAGGGGCGUAUCUCAGGCUUUGGUUGUGGCGCUUCCUCUUUUGCAAUGCAACUGAAAAACUUAAGCUCACACACUUGCAGGAUGCAAAGCUGACAGAAAGAGAGAGAGAGACAGAGAAAGAGAGAGAGACAAAGAGAAAGAAAUGGGCCUGGUGCAUCACACAACCCAAAGGGCAUAACAGUGAAGGCACAAGAAAUAGAAAAAGAAGAAGAGAGAGACGGAGAUAGAGAGGAUAUAGACAGACAAGAAAGUCACAGACAGAGUUGAGAAAGAGCAAAACGUGACAGACAGAGCAAGAGACACCCACAAGAAAAAGAAAGAGAGAAAGAGAAGUCGGGGCCUGGUGCAUCACCCUGCAGGCGUGUGAUUGAAGAGAGUGAUUGAAGAGAGUGGAAAGUAUCCAGUUAACUUAUACUUGUUGAGAUGGGGAAACAAAACAGUAAGCUCCGUCCCGAGGUGAUGCAGGACCUGAUUGACAGCACUGAGUUUACAGAGGCAGAGAUUCAGGAGUGGUAUAAGGGCUUUCUGCGGGACUGCCCCAGCGGAGCCCUGUCCAUGGAGGAGUUUAAGAAAAUCUAUGGAAACUUCUUCCCCUACGGAGACGCCUCCAAAUUCGCUGAGCACGUCUUUCGCACCUUCGACGCCAAUGGCGACGGCACCAUCGACUUCCGGGAGUUCAUCAUCGCCCUCAGCAUCACAUCCCGUGGCCGCCUGGACCAGAAACUGAAGUGGGCCUUUAGCAUGUAUGACCUGGAUGGUAACGGGUACAUCAGCAAGGCUGAGAUGCUGGAGAUUGUGCAGGCCAUCUACAAGAUGGUUUCCUCAGUGAUGAAGAUGCCGGAGGAUGAGUCCACACCUGAGAAACGCACAGAGAAGAUCUUCCGCCAGAUGGACACAAAUCGUGACGGUAAACUGUCUCUGGAGGAGUUUGUUGAAGGAGCGAAGAGCGACCCAUCCAUCGUGCGACUCCUGCAGUGUGACCCCAGCAGUGCCGGACAGUAAAGCUGGAAGGCACCCCCUACUGUCCCAAACUAAUUAAUGCAGGUCCUCUUCUUUUAACUUAAAUGCAGUUCAGGCCCCCCACGUCUCCGGAGGAAAUGUGGCAGCGGGAGCAGGCGAGGUGCUUUUUGCUGAGAGAAGCAUGUACACACACUCCUCCCACACUCACCUGCUGCCCUACACACACCCAGCGGGCUCCUACACACACACACACACACACCUCCAUACCUCCACAGAACCACUCACUCCAGCUAAACCCCACAGCGGUGUGUGUAUAUGCCUCUUUCUGCAUGUUUGAACUCUUUGAAGUAUUUGGGAGUCUUUUUUAAAGAAAGAGGAAACUGGGUGGACCAGUCAGAAAAGGACGGAUGUCAUCCAGACAGACUGGUAAGGUCCGACGUCGGACUAAAUGCAGGACAGGUACAGGAAUUGUCCACAAAAAAAAAAAAAAAGAAAAACUGAUUUUGCAUUAUAUCCAAAAAAAAGAAUUUACUCAGUGGUUAUAACCAUCUAAGUUCAAUUCAUGCCAUUUCUCUGAAAUGCCCAUCCUUCCCACCUAAUAACAUAAAAAUAACAUUUCAACAUGAGUAAAUUGCUCAAAUUGAGUUGGGGCUAUCUGGGUCUAGGAUAUUUUUUACUUGAAGUUUUUUGUAACAUUAAAUAUAUGAUUAAUUACUGUCUAGGAGCAGUUUUGGGUAGAAGCAUCCAGUAUAUUGGUUCUACUUUUACAAGUUAAAAAAAAAAUUAAAACAACAUAUACCAAAAUUAGACUAUAAAAUAUUACAAAUGAUCAAAAACAUGUUUGAUACUGUUAAAAGCACAGGCGUCAGACGUUUAGCAGUAAUAUAAGGAUCAUUCCACACUGGCUCACAUUAGGCUUGGCAGGUCGUGCCAUGGACUUCUAGGAACAAAUUCUGGAAAAAUCUUCUAAUGUAAUUUAUUUAGUCAUGUAAAAUGUAUUAAUUUUAAAGUUUUUUUCUGAGAGGUUUUAAAUCACAUCCUGAAUAUUAAGUUUAACAGAGCUGAAAUAUUAAAUGGGUAAAAAAUAUGAGAUGAAUUAUAUUUUAUUUUAGUAUAGACUAGUUUUUUAAUCAUGUCUCACCUGGUGUUAACUUGUUGGAUAUACUUUUCAUGUCAGAAAGUCUUGAAAAAUACAUCUUGGGAAAACUUUUCUGUUUAAACUGUUAUAUCAGCAUAUCUGUAAUUUGCAAGUUACUUUAACAAAUAACUUUUCUUAUUUGUGAAAAUGAUUUUACAUAAUCUUGAACACUGACUAACUAUAUAUAAUAUAAAUUGUAGGUAAUUUAUACCAUUAUCUCAAAUAAAAAGUGACAUAUUUCAGCUUAGUUAAAUCAUUCUGUAAAAAUCUACACUUAAUUUUAAGGAUUUGGUUUAUCUCCAGACCGGGCAAACUUUAAAUAUUAUUAACUAAAAAUUAAAAGUGAAAUUUUACAUGCCUGCAUGAAUUAAACAAAAUAUUUUUCCAGUAAACCUUUGCCAUGAUCUGCUACGUUCAAAGUGAGUUAGUGUGGUGUGUCCUAUUGUGAAAUAUAAGCAAAAAGAUCUGUAGUUAUAAUUGUGACUGAAUACAUUUUAUUCACAUAUAGAAGCGACUGUUUCAUUGAUGGUUGAUGUCCAUUUGACUGCUCCAAGAAGGAGGACAUCCAGUUAUAUAUAUAUAUAUAUAGCUAAUAUUUAUUCUUUUACUUGGUGAUCACUUUGUGGCAGCGUUGUCACUCUAUGAGAUUUUUUAGUUCAUGUUUUUUUUCCUUUCAAUGCAAAUAUAAUAAUCAUAUGUACAGUAUGUUCAUAUUUAUGUAGGACUGUGAGGAGGGUGAAAAAGUGAAGACUACAUAUUUUUGCUAUGCACAUCAUUGUAUACCCCCCUGCCCCAACACACACAUACACACUCAUUGAAUAAAUAGGGAACUGCCCCCUUUAUCCAAAUAUACCCCAAUAUUAUCAGUUAUCAAAGUUACACAGUUUCUGUUUGGUGUCUUACCUUUGCUUGUUUAGUUUUACACUGGAGCUACACAGGCUAAUGUAGCUAACAAGUAAUGCUAGCUUAUAUUCCACCAGUUAGCAUAAUGCUAACUCCAUAUCUAAAUCAUCACAUAUGCUUCCUCCCCGCCACACUGAGACCCUAAACUAAACCCUCGACAUUCAUUCACUGGAAUGAGUGGAAAAAGCUUAUUAAAAACAUACCAAACUGUUAUACGAAUGUUAACAUACUGAGUGUGUUUAACAAGUACUUCCUGUUUAAGUGACCAUGAAACUGGUUAUUUUUAAUAUAAUACAGAAUGUCAGUGUUAUUGAUUGUUGCUGUUAAUGUGUUCUUAUUUUUCUCAUUUGUAUCUGAUUUUUUUUUUAAAUAAACUAUAAAUAUAAGAAAGUCCAGUUCACUCCUCCAUUCAGUACAUAUAUAUUUUUAAUUGAUUGUUUUUUGUGAUGCCUGUUAGAGAGAGUGCUCAGUGUGAUACAGUUACACUUUUUGAAAAUCGAGCCCUGUUUAAUUCUGAGGGAUAAAGUCAGAGGGUUAUGAAUAUAUGAUUGAUGAUGAUAAAACAGAUGAUAAUAAAACAGGAGCAACAAUAACAGUAAAGCAAACCAUUUGUCAAUUAUUAUUUACUAAUAAAAUUAAAUAAAUUUAGGGAAUAAUAAUGAAUAUAAGUAAAUAAUAAUAAAUAAUAUUUAGUUUUAUUGCAUUGACUGGGAAUUAAUUGGAAAUUUAACUAAAACAGUUCCAUUAAACAAUACAUCAAAUAAACAUAAUAUAAUAAUUAAGGAUAAUAAUUAGGACGUUAAUAAUUGUAUCAGUUACUAUCAAUUACUAUUAAAAUACUUGAUUUUAAGAAUUUGGUUACAGCUGUGAAAAAGCAACGUCUCAGCUCGAAUUUUGAAAAUCUGAAUGGAAAAAAAAAUAAAGGUUUUAAUUUGUUGGAUAUACUUUUUAUUUCAGGAAGUUUUGAAAAAUACAUUUCGUGAAGUACAACCUUUCUGCACUUUUGGUUAAUUUAAUUGGGAAACUGUACUUUGCAAGUUAAUGAGACGGAAAUUUCCUUAUUUUUGAAAACUUUUGAAGAUUUUUUAAAUUAUGUUAAAUAAUCUUGAACACUGACAAACAAUUAUAUUUCUAUAUUUAUAUAUUAUAUAUAUUUUUUUUAUUGUUACAUCCUUUAAUAAAUUGUGCGUAAUUGUUACCAUUAUUCCAUAUUAUUUAAAGUGAUAUGUUUUAGCUUAGUUAAGUCAUUCUGUAAAAAAUCUACACUUAAUUUUUUAAGAUUUGGCAAUUGGCAAUUUUUAUCAGUUAACUACUGGCCCUGUGGAAAGGCCGAUUAAAGACAGCAAAAAGCAAAGAAUAAGAGUAUUUUCACACCUGUAGUUUGUUUUCCUGGUCCGAAUCAGUUAUUGAGUUCAUUUACUUGGGCGUUUUCUGCCUCAGUUUGGUUUGUUUUCACACAGGUGCAAACCUAAAUGCACCAAAAUGCACCCCAACAAACCACACGAGUCUCUUUUGAUUGGUCAGAGCUGUCUGGAAUGGAAGUAAGAAGGUCAUUAUAGCAUGAAAGUUCUGUGUUCCAGACUAGCACAGAUAUUUGUGCAAUAUGAAGCUGAUUUACUACUGAACACGCUCACAAACACAGUGUUUUUUGGGGAUUUCUGCACAGUAAGCAGAGUUGCGCAGAUGUGAGAGGCAAGCAUUGUACAAAUCGUUUUAGUGUGAAGCAGCUUAGCAUGAAGCAGCAGCAGAGACAGCAUUUGUUCAUAGCUAAAAUAAUUAUUUAGGUAAUGUAUCAGGGUAAACUGCACAUAAACAGUCGUUUAGCUCAAAUAAAAGGAUACUUUGUUUGAUACUUGAGUCAGAUCGAAACCCGAUCACAUUCUCACCCCAAAUGAACCGCUAGGAGUUUGCUUGGAACAAUUUCUGAUUUCACACCUGCCGAAACAAACCACACCCAGAGUAAAAACCAACCAGGAGUCCAAGAGUUUCUUUUAACCAGACCAACAUUUUAUUCACAGAUAAAAUAAAGCUAAUUACCAAUGUAGUGCUGGGGAUUUAUACUUUAGUGUGGUAACAAAACUGUCAAGCCUCUUUUAUUUUGUGAACUUUAGAAUAAAGAUUAAUCAUAAGGGUAAAUGUGAUUUCUUAGAUUUUCAAAUGGCCAUUGUAUUCAAACAAAUCUAAUAUUUAGGUGUGAGAAAAAAAAAGUUUUAAGAAUGUAAAUCGCCAAUAUUGUCACGGUCAUUUAAAAACCUUCUCAAUUUUUAACUUUAAUUUGAAUCUCUCAGUUGUCCUUUAAAUUGUGUCAAAAUGUCAUGAUGAAUGGACCAAAAUACAUGAAAAAAUAAUAUAUUUUUUACAUUUACUUAUAUAUAUAUAUAUAUAUAUAUAUAUAUAUAUAUAUAGUCACAUUUACUCACCUCAACAUGCCUUUUGCAAUCAUUUAGUUCCCUGUGGGCAAUGCUAAAAUCACUAUUACAAACCGUACAGUGGGCAAGACUUUCAUUGUUUUUUUUACUUUUACUAGAUGUGGAUAUACUUUAGAGUAGUCAGAGGUGAAAUGAGUUUUGAUGGGAGUCAUGAAACUCCUGAACGCAUCCCAUCCAAGAGGGAGACAAACAUUGUCCACCCACACUAAAAACUGAUUGGCUGACUCACAGACUCUUUGCAGAGAAUAGGCCAAUCAGAACUCUCUUUGUUUUGCAUGCACCCUAUGAAUAUGCAAACGAGGAAAGCGUCUUUUUCCCACACGCAGUUGGGGAGAAAGUCUGUCGCCUGUGUGCACGUUUGUGUUCACUCUUGGGCCACUCGUUAUAGAUUCCGGGAGAUUUUAUUUGACUUGCGGGCAUCAGGGAUCUGUUGUUGAUAUGCGGUAGACUCCCGCCACUUCCAGGGGAUUUGGGAAAUCUGC